AUGGACAAGCUGAAGAAGGUGCUGAGCGGGCAGGACGCCGAGGACCGGGGCGGCCUGGCCGAGGUGGCCGACACAUCCUCCCUGAGCUGGAGCACCAGAAUCAAAGGCUUCAUUGCGUGCUUUGUUGCAGGAAUUCUCUGCUCUCUGCUGGGCACGCUGCUGCUCUGGGUGCCGAAGAAGGGGCUGUACCUCUUCGCUGUGUUUUACACGUUCGGCAACAUCGCUUCGAUCGGCAGCACCGUCUUCCUCAUGGGGCCGGUGAAGCAGCUGAAGAGGAUGGUGGAGCCCACGCGUCUGAUCGCAACCAUCCUGGUGCUGUUGUGUUUCACGCUCACCCUGUGUUCUGCCUUCUGGUGGCACAACAAGGGGCUUGCCCUCAUCUUCUGCAUCCUGCAGUCUUUGGCCCUGACGUGGUAUAGCCUCUCCUACAUACCGUUUGCAAGGGACGCGGUGAAGAAGUGUUUCGCGGCCUGUCUGGAGUAG